AUGACGCCUCUUUUGUCCAGGGUCUAUCGCUAUGGCAGUCCCCUUGACUACACUCUCGGUGCAAUCGGCAUCAUCGCCGCCAUCGCCUCCGGCGUGGCUCUUGCUCUCGUCAACGCCGUCUUUGGCGGCUUCGUCACCGCCAUGAUCGAUUUCGCGACUUCGGGCACCCUCCGAGCAACUUCAUGUCCGAAGUAUCCAAAUACGCUCUGGAUAUACAGCCUCUACUUCGUCUACAUCGGCAUCGCCCGCUUCGCCCUCACCUACAUCUACUCCACCCUCCUUACCUUAGUCGCCCUCCGCAUCACCUGCAACCUCCGCGGCCAGUACCUCCGCUCCGCCUUCAGCCAAAACGUCGCCUUCUUCGACCUCGGCGGCGCCGGCUCCAUCUCCAUGCAAGCCACCUCCAACGGGAAGCUCAUCCAAAACGCCCUCGCCGAGAAGCUCGGCCAAGUCUUCCAGGCCCUCAGCACCUUUGUCGCCGCCUUCAUCAUCGCCUUCAUCAGCCAGUGGAAGCUCACCCUCAUCCUCAUCUGCGUCGUCCCCGCCCUUUCCCUCAUCGUCAUGAUCUCUAGCGCUCUGGAUGCCAAGAUCGAGACCAAGAUCCUCCAGACCUAUGGCCAGGCCGGCGCCUACGCCGAGCCCCGCAUGGCGGAAAAGUACGCCGCAUACACCGAGGCCGCGAGCCUCCUGGGCCACAAAAAGAACUCCCUCUACGCCGUGCUCUUCGCCGGCGAGUACUUUGUCAUCUUUGCGGGGAUCGGCCUCGCCUUUUGGCAGGGCAUCGCCAUGAUUGUUCGCGGGGAGGUGGAUGAUAUCGGGACCAUCUUCACGGUCAUUUUCUCCGUCGUUAUCGCCGCCUCCACCCUCAAUUCCGUCGCACCCCAUACCAUCAUCUUUAGCCGCGCUUCGACGGCUGCCUCCGAACUGUUCCAGCUUAUCGACAGGCGCUCCCAAAUUGACCCCUUCAGUGACGCGGGAGAGAUCCCGACUCAGGUCAAGGGCACGGUGGAGGUUAAAAACAUCUAUUUUAGCUACCCCAGUCGGCCCAACACUCUCGUCCUAAACAACUUCUCGCUCACGGUCCCGUCAGGAAAGGUUACUGCGCUUGUGGGCGCCAGUGGUUCUGGUAAGAGCACAAUCGUCGGUCUCCUCGAACGGUGGUACAACCCCAACUCCGGCUCCAUCACCCUCGACGGCAUGCGCAUCGACGCCCUCAAUCUCCGCUGGCUCCGCACCAACGUCCGCCUCGUCCAGCAAGAACCCGUCCUGUUCGACGGCUCCCGCAUCCAGGCAGCGGCGCGCAUGGCCUUUGCCCACGACUUUAUCCAGGAGCUUCCGCAGGGCUACCAGACGCGCAUCGGCGAGCGGGGCGGCCUGCUUUCCGGCGGGCAGAAGCAGAGGAUCGCCAUCGCCCGCAGCAUCAUCUCCGAGCCCAAGAUCCUCCUGCUCGACGAGGCCACGAGCGCGCUCGAUCCCCAGGCCGAGGGCAUCGUGCAAAGGGCCCUUGACGAAGCCUCCAAGAAUCGAACCACCAUUGUGAUUGCUCACAAGCUCAAGACAAUACAGCAGGCGGACAACAUCGUCGUCCUGAAGCAAGGUACCAUUAUCGAGCAAGGCACGCAUCACCAGCUGGUGGAACACGGCGGAGCCUACGCGUCGCUUGUUCGGGCCCAGGAACUCGCGCCGGAUAAGGCCAAGAAAACCAAGGCGGCCAAGGAGGAAGCCGUCCCUCCACCACCCAUGGAAGACUCGCCUGCUGGCCAUAAACUGAAAAGUUUCAUGUUCAAGACCCGGUCUGCAACAGCACCGGGAACUCGGGAACCGCACGCGACAACGGUCUCAGUAGACAAAGAAGAUUACACCCUGUACAAGAGGACUGGCUUGGUCAAGUCCGUCUCCAAGCUCAUCGUGGCGACGCCUGAGGCUAAAUGGUGGUAUAUCUUAACUUUUGUGACGUGCGUUGUCGGAGCUGGCGUAUACCCGGGACAGGCUCUCCUCCUAGGCCAGAUUAUGGAUAUAUUCGGGUCGGAUGACAUGCAAAAACGAGGAAAUUUCAUUUCCCUCAUGUUCUUUGUCAUGGCCAUUGGCCUGUUCAUCGUGUACGGUAUCUUGGGCUGGAUACUAACACAGCACCCAACCUCCCAGGUCUUCGCCGCCAAAGUCCGCCGCGACACCUUCACCGCCUUCCUCCGCCAAGACCUCCGCUUCUUCGACCGCCCCGAAAACACCGUCGGCGCCCUCACCAGCCGCCUCGACACCCACGCCCAGGCCAUCUUCGAGCUCAUGGGCUUCAACGUCGCCAUCCUCCUCGUCGCCCUCAUCUCCGUCCUCGUCAGCAGCAUCCUCUCCAUCGCCGUCGCCUGGAAGCUCGGCCUCGUCGGCACCAAGAUGGACGCGGAUGUGGAUCGGCGCUUCUCCAAGAGCGCUUCCAUCGCGUCCGAGUCCGUUACGGUCAUACGCACUGUGUCGUCCCUUGCUAUCGAGGAGGACGUGCUUCGCCGCUAUCGGUUCGAGCUGGAUACCGCGGUCAAGAGGUCUGCGCCCCAGCUGUUUAGCAUGAUGAUUUGGUUCUCCCUCACGCAAUCGAUCGAGUACUUUAUCCUUGCACUCGGAUUUUGGUUAGUCACCUACUACCUCACUCCCGCCUUCAUCCUACGCGACACAAAUUGGCGCUUCACAAAGGCCAACGCCGCGGCAAACUACUAUUUCUGGCUUCUCGCCCUCGAGCCAUCCAUACGGGAAACCCACGAGAACCGCACAAACACCCCUGCCGACGGCUGCCGAACCUACGAUUUCCAAAACGUCGAAUUUGCGUACCCCCUCGCCCCCAAAAACCCUGUCUUGCAAGGGAUAUCUCUCAAGAUCGAUCCUGGUCAAUUCGUAGCCUUUGUCGGCGCGUCAGGCUGUGGGAAGAGCACCGUCAUAUCCCUCCUAGAGCGCUUCUACGACCCCACGCAAGGCCAAAUCGUCAUCGACGACCACCACGCCCUCACCGAGCUCAACCCCGCCUCUACAGGCAACACGCCUGUCGACCCCUGCGGCACGGGCGGCAGCCAGCUCUCGGGCGGGCAGCGUCAGCGAAUCGCCAUUGCGCGCGCCCUCGUCCGCAAGCCUAGGGUCGUCCUGCUCGAUGAGGCCACCAGCGCGUUGGAUACGGAGUCGGAGCGUAUCGUACAAGCUGCUCUCAUGGCGGCGGCGACGUCCGAAUCGAGCAUCACGGUGGCGGUUGCGCAUAGACUAUCCACGAUCAAGCAUGCGGAUCGCAUCUUUGUCUUUAGCCAGGGUCAGGUCGCGGAAGCGGGCUCGCACGGUGAGCUGAUUGCUCUCGGCGGCAUGUAUAAAAAGAUGAAUCGCCUUCUUUCCUUUUCCCCCAAGGCCUUCUCCUUUAUUCCGCAGGAGGUCCUGGAGUCCUACGUCUUGAGGGAGCUCUCGAUGAAGUCCUGUGGUACGAUGGCGGACGGCCUCUCGGCGCAGUUCCACUCCUCGGCCUCGUACUACUACCCGGCCUAG